AUGGUGAUCGCCGUGGAGGGCAACGGGUUCGUGCACGGCGAGGAGGAGGAGGAGGAGGGCGACCGCCCUAUCCGCUACCUCCCCCUCGGUCACGUCUACUCCUCCUCCGGCCCCGCCCCGUGCCCCCCGGCCCCAAAGAAGCCUCGCGUCGACGACGGCAAGCCCCCCCUGAAAGUGUACUACCGCCGCCGCCACAAGAAGCCGCGGGUCGAGGAGCCGCCGCCGCCGCUCUCGCCAGCGACGGCCCCACCCCCGCCGCUGGUACAGGAUGAGGACGCUGGGCCCUCGCGGCGGAAGGGCUCCCUCAAGCACGAACUGCUCAGCCUGGGGUCCGCUCCGCUUGCAUUGGACGGGGACGGGGAGGGAGGGGAGCCCUCGCGGCGGCAAGGGCGAAUGAGACGCGGUGGAGGGGCUGAGAAGACGGUUUGCUUCUCCGGGCAUGAGAGGCGGCGGCCGGGCAGACCCAAGGGUUCGGUCGGGAGGAGAUGGGUCGAGUUGGAUAUUCAGGGUGCGGAUCCUAACGCAUUUGUUGGAUUAGCGUGCAAGGUUUUCUGGCCGCUGGAUGAUAAUUGGUACAAGGGCUCCAUCACAGUGUACAAUGAAGCAACAAAGAAGCAUUCAGUAAAGUAUGAUGACGGUGAAGCAGAGGACCUUAGCCUGGCAGAUGAAAGGAUAAAAUUUUCCAUCUCCUCUGAAGAAAUGAGGUCCCUGAAUGUAAAUAUUGGAAUUUCCAAUCAGGAUAAGAAGGGUCAUGAUGAGUUGCUUGCACUUGCUGUUAGCUUUCAUGACUACCAGGGUCUUGACUCAGGUGACCUUGUGUGGGCUAAAAUUACAGGUCAUGCAAUGUGGCCAGCAGUUGUGGUGGAUGAGUCAGAUGUACCUGCAAACCGAGCUUUGAAGCCAGUUCGAUUGGACCAAUCAAUACUUGUUCAAUUCUUUGGUACUCAUGAUUUUGCAAGGGUUAAGUUGAAGCAAGCUGUCCCGUUUCUGAAUGGGCUUCUUUCUUCUUUGCAUCUCAAAUGCAAGCAAGCAAGUUUCAGCCGGAGCUUAGAAGAAGCCAAGGAAUUUCUGCGCACUCAGCAGCUUCCGGAAAUUAUGAUGCAGCUACGGAAAUGCGUUCAACACGAUGGUUCUGAUGAUAAUUCCUGCGAGGACAGGGUAGACUCUUGUGGUAAUUUAUCAGAAGAUAGAGCAGUGCAAAAUGGAGAGGAUUAUGCUGAAAUGACUCAAAUAGAACUAGGAAACCUUCGUGUGAGCAAUUUAGGUAGGAUAGUAUCUGAUUCAGACCAUUUCCAUAAUAAAAAGCAUAUAUGGCCUGAAGGAUAUACUGCUUUCAGAAAGUUCAUGUCAAUAAUAGACCCAAAUUCAGUAACAUCUUACAAAAUGGAAGUACUAAGGAAUUCAGAUACAAAAGCACGCCCAUUAUUUAGGGUGAUCUCAGAAGAUGGAGUGCAGAUUGAUGGAUCUACCCCUAAUGCAUGUUGGAAAGAGAUAUACUGCAGAAUAAAGCAAAAACAGUGCAGUGCUGUCACUGAGUUGGAAAGAAAUGUAUGCCAAAGAUCUGGUUCCUACAUGUUUGGCUUUUCAAAUCCGCAGAUAAGGCAGCUUAUUCAGGAAUUGCCCAAUGCAAGGUCAUGUCUGAAAUAUUUUGACAACAGUGGGGACACUAUCCUUGGUUAUAGAGCUGUUCAUGUUAAUUGGAAAGAUCUGGACUUUUGCAAUGUUUGCGAUAUGGAUGAGGAGUAUGAAGACAACUUAUUUUUGCAAUGCGACAAGUGCCGUAUGAUGGUUCAUGCUAGAUGUUAUGGCGAACUAAAACAAUUGGAUGGAGGACUUUGGCUUUGCAACUUGUGUCGACCUGGUGCCCCUCGCAUGUCUCCAAAAUGCUGUCUAUGUCCAGUCACAGGUGGUGCAAUGAAACCUACAACAGAUGGCCGUUGGGCUCAUCUUGCUUGUGCUAUAUGGAUUCCUGAAACAUGCUUAAAAGAUGUGAAGAGAAUGGAACCAAUUGAUGGAUUGAGCAGAAUCAACAAGGACCGUUGGAAACUUGUAUGCAGCAUUUGCGGAGUUUCGUAUGGAGUUUGUAUACAGUGUUCUCAUCCUACCUGUCGUGUCGCAUAUCACCCUCUUUGUGCACGUGCUGCUGAUCUUUGUGUUGAGCUUGAAGAUGAUGACAAAAUCCACCACAUGUUACUUGAUGAAGAUGAGGAUCCUUGUAUUCGAUUACUCUCGUACUGCAAAAAGCACAGACAACCAUCUGCUGAACGUCCAUAUCUAGAAAGUGACCCUGCUGAGCCCUCUCAGUUAGUUCAGACGGAUAUGGCUUCAUCAUCCGGUUGUGCAAGGACUGAACCUUAUAAUUUUCACCGGAGAAGGGGCCAAAAGCAACCACAAGUCAUGGCUACUGCAUCUCUGAAACGUUUAUAUGUGGAGAACAGACCCUAUAUUGUCAGUGGCUACUGCCAAAAUAGAGUAGGCAAUCAUACUUGCAGUGAAUCACUUCAACCGGUUGGCUUGUCGGAUGCUGUGCAGCAUGAAGCUUUUGGCAAUGUGUCUUCUAUGGUUGAAAAAUAUACAAGCAUGAAGGCUACAUUUAGGAAGAGACUAACUUUUGGAAAAUCAAGAAUUCAUGGCUUUGGUGUCUUUGCCAAGGUUGCACACAAGGCAGGAGAUAUGAUGAUUGAAUACAUAGGGGAGAUCGUUAGACCACCAAUAUCAGACAUCAGAGAGCGGCGAAUAUACAACUCACUAGUGGGUGCUGGGACAUAUAUGUUCAGGAUAGAUGAUGAGCAUGUUGUGGAUGCUACACGGGCAGGAAGUAUAGCUCAUUUGAUCAAUCACUCAUGUGAGCCUAAUUGUUAUUCGCGUGCCAUAACUGUUAAUGGGGAUGAACACAUCAUCAUUUUUGCAAAGCGGGACAUAGAUCCAUGGGAAGAGUUGACAUAUGACUAUAGGUUUUUUUCAAGUGAUCAACGACUUCCCUGUUAUUGUGGAUUCCCCAAAUGCCGUGGAGUUGUUAAUGAUGUUGAGGCAGAGGAGCAGGCAGCUAAAAUAAGGGUCAAGAGAAGUGAAUUGUUUCAAAAAAGAGAUAACUAAAGAUUACUGUCACGCCUUAGAGUUCCACUACACACCGGUGCUUCCGGAGGCUUUCGUUGGACAUGUCCAAACCAUCUCAGCUGGUGUUGGAUACGUUUUUCUUCAAUUGGUGCUAUCCCUAACCUAUCACGUGUAUCCUCAUUCCGGACUCGAUCCCUUCUCGUACGACCACAAAUCCAACGCAACGUACGCAUUUUCGCAACACUUAUCUGCUGGACAUAUCGUCUUUUUGUAGGUCAACAUUCUGCACCAUACAACAUUGCAAGUCUAAUCGCCGUCCUAUGAACCUUGCCUUUUAACUUCCAUGGUAGAGAGUAUUGGUUGGGAGAUGCCACAGGCUUGGAUGAUAUAUUUGCCUGUUCCUACUGUCAAAUUCUGAAAAAUUGCUGAGUUCAUUCUAGGAAUUCUGAUAAUUCUUGUCAUUCUUUUAGAAUGGAAUGCCAAUGUAAUUGUAUAGGUAGCAAUGUUAGGCAAUCCAAUUUGGGAACGGCAGUUGAAUCGAUUGUGUGUUUACGUGUAAUUCGGCCACUAAUUAUGCCACCUAUUAACCUUUGGGGUUGGAAUUGGGGUGGACCUUUGGGGUUGGAAUUGGGGUGGUCGGAUUAAAUGGUCUGAGAUGGCAUGCCAGGUAUAUAACCAAAAUACAUGAUUGGAAUUUGGGCAAUGCCCUUCUAUGCUACCGUAACAAAUUGUAGCGACAAUGGCUGGGUUUCUAAGAACUUUGCGAAAGAAACAUCAUCCACUUCAA